ACGUUUUCCAUCGAUACAGAAACAAUAGUCAGCUUCGUGGAAGCAUCUAGGGAAUCUAGCACAGAACUAGCGCGAAAAUGGCGUUCCUGUUUAAAAUCAUUGCCUGUCUCACCUUGCUGUCGCUGGCAGCGGCCGAAUAUGGCGAAGAGGAAGAGCACCACCACCAUCAACAUCUCGAACCAGAGGUGGGCUUCUCGUACGCCAAGUUCAGUGGACCGGUCAGUGGACCCGCUCACGAAAUCCACGUCGAAGACAAGCACGGCCACGGCCACGCCAUCGAUUAUGUGGCCAAGCCGGACUACCACUUCGAGUACGGAGUAGAGGAUCCCAAAAGCAAGGUUUCGCAGAGCCGCAAGGAACAUCGCCACGAGGAUGAGCUGCACGGAGAAUAUAGCGUCCAGCAGCCGGACGGUAAGCUGCGUGUCGUUAAGUACUCCGCCAACAAGCACACCGGAUUCCACGCUGAAGUGUUGAUCGAUGGAAAGCCACUGUACCAGGAGGAACUGGCCAAGCUGGCCCAGGAAGCCCAGGAACAGAGUUCCCGGGCUCACGAACAUUCCUAUCAGGAGGAGGAGCCUUCGUAUGGUGGCCAUGAGGGGCAGACCUACGAGGCCGAUGAAUCCUCAUCCUACGGAAGCGACGAGGGCGGCCACGAGUACUACCACUGAGAAUGAAGGAAACUCCACAUCACGCUGAGAUUAGGAUUAUUGUUCGAAAGUUACCUUUUAAUGUUAAGAGAUAUGUAUACGAUUUUAGCUCAAUCGGUCUCGUGACUCGCGUUGAGUCGUUGGAUCGCUCGCCGAAGUUACUUUCCUAAUUUUUGUAAAGGAUUUUCGCAUUGUUUGGAAGGUCUAGUCGAAGCUCAAAAAUAACGUAUACGAAGUUAUCGCUUUUCGUGUUCCUUUUGCCGCAUCGACAUCGAGUUCCUAUGCUUGCUUCAAAUUCCAUCUGUUUCAAAGUUAUAAUUUUUAAAGUCAAUCGUUAAAUAGCUCAAUCCGUACAUGUGAUAAAAAUCGAAAUGAUGAAGUCAAUUUUCGUCAAGCAAUCGAAGCUGCUUACACGAAAAUUGCACUGCCGCCCUCUGUAGUUAGUGUAGUCGAAAGACACUACCAUGAAAUCUACAAACAAAAAAAAAAUGUAUUGUUAACUAGUUUGUUAUGAAUUUUUACGAUAUAUGUAGGUAAACGGUAUACGAU